GAUGGCUGUUGUGCGCGGGACGCCGCCGCUGUAGCGCCGCGAGGAGCUGCCCGCCCGCCCCGCUCCGCCGCGCCCGCCAUGGAGUGCCCGCACCUCGGCUCCAGCGUCUGCAUCGCGCCCGACUCGGCCAAGUUCCCGCAGGGCUCGCCCUCCUCCUGGUGCUGUAGCGUGUGCCGGUCAAAUAAAAGUCCGUGGGUCUGUCUGACGUGUUCGAGUGUCCAUUGUGGAAGAUAUGUGAAUGGCCAUGCAAAAAAGCAUUAUGAAGAUGCACAGAUUCCUAUGACCAAUCAUAAGAAAACAGAAAAACAGGAGAAAGUUCAGCAUACUGUGUGUAUGGAUUGCAGUAGUUACAGUACAUACUGUUAUCGUUGUGAUGAUUUUGUAGUCAAUGAUACCAAGCUGGGCCUGGUACAGAAGGUCAGAGAACACCUACAGAACUUGGAAAAUUCGGCCUUUACAUCAGACAGACAUAGGAAAAGAAAACUAUUGGAAAACUCAUCUCUGAACAGCAAGUUAUUGAAAGUAAAUGGAAGCACCACUGCCCUUUGUGCCACAGGCCUGCGGAACCUGGGGAACACUUGUUUCAUGAAUGCAAUCCUUCAGUCACUCAGUAACAUUCAGCAGUUUUGCUGUUACUUCAAAGAGUUGCCUGCAGUGGAGCUGAGGAAUGGGAAGACGGCAGGGCGGCGAACUUACCACACCAGGAGCCAGGGGGAUAACAAUGUUUCACUUGUGGAAGAAUUCAGAAAGACACUCUGUGCUUUAUGGCAAGGAAGCCAAACUGCAUUUAGUCCAGAGUCUUUAUUUUAUGUUGUUUGGAAAAUAAUGCCAAAUUUUAGGGGAUACCAGCAGCAGGAUGCCCACGAGUUCAUGCGUUACCUUUUGGACCAUCUACACCUGGAACUCCAGGGUGGCUUCAACGGUGUUUCACGUUCAGUCAUCUUGCAAGAAAAUUCUAACCUGUCUGGAAGCAACAAAUGUUGCAUAAAUGGAGCGUCUACUGUUGUCACUGCCAUUUUUGGAGGCAUUCUUCAAAAUGAAGUCAACUGCCUAAUAUGUGGGACUGAAUCUAGAAAGUUUGACCCAUUCCUAGACCUUUCGCUAGAUAUUCCAAGUCAGUUCAGAAAUAAACGUACUAAAAACCAAGAGGGUGGACCAAUGUGCACGCUACGAGAUUGUCUUCGCAGUUUUACAGACCUGGAAGAACUUGAUGAGACAGAGCUGUACAUGUGCCACAAAUGCAAAAAGAAACAGAAGUCCACCAAAAAAUUCUGGAUUCAGAAAUUACCAAAGGUGCUAUGCUUACACUUGAAACGCUUUCACUGGACAGCAUAUCUGAGGAACAAGGUUGAUACAUAUGUUGAGUUUCCCUUGCGAGGCCUGGACAUGAAAUGCUACUUGUUAGAGCCUGAAAACAGUGGCCCAGAGAGCUGCCUGUAUGACCUGGUGGCUGUGGUUGUGCAUCACGGCUCAGGCGUUGGUUCUGGCCACUACACAGCGUACGCCGCGCACGAGGGCCGCUGGUUCCACUUCAACGACAGUACUGUAACCCUGACUGACGAGGAGACCGUGGGCAAGGCCAAGGCCUACAUCCUCUUCUACGUGGAGCGCCAAGCCAAGCCUGGAGCAGAGAAACUUUAAUACCUCCUUUGCAUUCUUACUUAUCAAGUCCACCGGACAAACAUUUCCAUUUUUCCAUAAAUACUUGAUCCAAGACUUAUUAAUUUCAUUGUGCACUUUGCAAUUUCCUCUUGUGGGUUUUUGUUUUGUUGUGUCAAUGGUAGCAUUUGACUUACUGAACUUGGACACAAACUAACUUUUUUUUUUAGUUAUACCAGAAAACCUCAGCAGAUUUUGAUUUGCUGCUUUAGUUGCGAUAACUCAAUUUUUAUAUAUAUAGUUUCAUGAAAUAGUUAUUUGACUUUUUUAUAUUAAUGUUUUCAGUUCUCACUUUCUAAAGGCACAUUUACAUCAGAAAAUCUCUGUCCUCCUUACAAGCAAGAUAAAUGUGCUUUUGAUCAUGAAAAGCAAUACAACUUCAUGCUGUUCGCAGUCCUAUGAUGUAGAUAUGACUUAAUCUCUUUAAAUCAACAAAUUGUUUGCACGUACAACUGUUUCCCUCGUGCAAGAGACUUAAACAGUGACCUCUGACCAAUCAUCCUUUGUCUGCAGAAGAGAGGCAAUAUAACAUCAUUAAGUAGACCAGGUAAUUGCUGCUAUAUUGGUGUAUUCAGGCUGGUGACUUUCAGGAAUCAUUGUAAAUAAACAGUUGGUUCAAUUGUAUCAAUACUGCAAUUUAAUUACAGUACUGCUCAGAUAUGCUGCCUCCUACCCCCUGCAAAUUUAAAACAAUUAUCUUUACCUGUCUAAAUUACUUUGCCCUUUAUGGUUUUAAACUGAACCUGAAUUGCAUUUGACAUCUCUUGGUUUAGACUGUCAUCCUGAAAUUGGAUCACUCACAUGCUUGAAAACUGGGGAGACUUCCUGGCAGUAGAAUCCCAAGUAGAAGCCCAUAGUUCCUAGUGGGAAUUGGCCCCAAGGGCUGGGGUUUGUGAGAACAGGUGUAGGUCUGCAUGCAGCUCUGCUCCAUGGCUACAGUUCACUUGCAAGCAGGAGGAGACAGAUGGUGUUGCAGGUGCUUUGCAUGAAAUUGUUCUAUCAGUUCAAGUGAAACUCAAGGAAGGAUGCUCAGUCUCUCACAGCAGCGCCCUCACAGGGGAAGUGCUGGAGCAGGCUCAGAGAGCUCCUGUGGCAUUUACACACUCGCCCAGGUAGCAUUUUUUUCAGUCUCUAGAUGACCACUGGAGUCAUGGUGCAGUUUCUAAGACCUGGCUAGGUAACAGAGAAAGACUAUGCUAAAAAAGCCCAAACCAGUUUUAGCUCUACUGCUGAUGGGUGGAAAUCAGCUACUGUGAAGAGAAAGGCAGACAGGAAAACCACUACUGCCAAAGCCAGGAAUCUGACAGAAAACAUGACAUUUGAGAACUGUUGCAUUUCAGAUCUGUUCCCUCAGUCUCUCCUUUCUAGCUGGGUCUCUUGUACCAGGCAAGGAGCUGGAUGCUCCUGAAAGCUCAGUAAGAGACGACAGUUGAUGGAGAGUGCCACCACCAAACAGCAGCUCUUAGUUAACGAGAAAAUGCAGUUGGGAGUCCUGUUUUAGUUGAUGCCCCUGAAGGACAAAGGCAGGGAGGCUGGAGUGGAGCCCAGAGCAGCCCAGGGCACAGGGAGGGCACAGCAGUGCCCUGCCCUGGGGUCCUGCUGGCUGUUCACAGGCCAGGACAAGGACAAAUUGGAGUCAGGCAUUUGGUACAGGGCCAUUCUUGGGAGCUUUGUCACAGCAGCUUUAACCAGAAAAGGGAGAAAUUGGCUUUAUCCAAAGCUGCAGAAAUGGUUGAGCAUAGCUGAUGGGUUUUGAAGUGUGCACACAGGUUAAGACUACAGCGUUAUUUGAUACAGUGACAUAUUUAUAAGGAUGCUGUCUUUUACUUAAGUUGAACAGUAACUAGAACUUGUCAUUUCUUUAAGUAGAUAGUUUGUCACCUUCCCUUCCUUACAGGCAGGCAGUCUUCUAAUCAACGAGAAUAGGUUGCUGAUACUUAGACAAGCAGAAAACAGAGCAGGUAAAGCACUGUACCACAUUCCUGCCAUUCCUGCUGCUCACAGGGAGCUGCACAGAUGCCACCUCUAGCUGUGUUUUCUCUGCAUGCUGCUUGGACCAGCUUUCUUUAGAAUUUACCUUUGAGAAUGCCAAGCUUAAAAUACACAACUCUCUCUGGGCCAGCAGCAGUUUAACUUACAGUAGUCAGGUGUAUGCAGUGUUCUUGCAAAACAGUGAUGUAAAUGUGCCUUUCUGUGUUUUUAGAAAUUUAAAUUUGUAAUCUUCAGCAACAUUCACUUCUUUUAAUCGACUUCUUCUUGUCAGCAGUUGUUUGGGUCAGAGUUAUGCUCUGACUUGAGCAUUUUCUCUCAGUCCCAUGUGCUGUGUCCCACGCAGCUCCUGGGCAGUGGUGUCUCCAGCUCUGGGGAAACCAUGCAAUCACAGCAGGCUGUCCUUGCUUGCAGCAGGUGCUGCUCAGGACUCAGCCAUAUGCUUUGCUGGAACAAGUACAUUGUAAAUCCUUUCCUAAUUUAAUUUUCUCCCAUUGCAAACUCAGAUGGGCAGUAUGAACAGUUUGUUGUGGCAACACAAGUAUUUCUCUUCCUGGUGGAGAACUUUGCUUAUCCACUGUAUUCUAUUCAGUGUGGUGUCGAAAAAAAAAGUAACUGAGCACUGAACCAGUAACAUAAUACUGCACCUGGCCUAGUAUUACCUUUUUAACCUAGCUUGUAUAUCCUGUAUUUAUCUACUCGCUUGUGGGGGGGAAUAUCUCUUUCAUUUAAGCCAAAUGUUUUUUUCUACUUACUGCUCAUCAUAGUACACACUAGCUGGCAAGAAGUUUUUUUCUUGCUUGAGACUGCUCUGCAAGCAGCAACUGCUCUCUACAGUUCAAAGACUUGCAUCUUUUUCACCAAAAUGUGUCCAAUCAAAGGUUGUCCUUUUGUUACUGAUUGUUUAGCCACGUAUACAACUGGAGCCAAUAUUUAUGUCAAUCAAAACAGCAAAAUGUCCAGCUCCUAAAUGUCAGUUUAAAAGUUUGAGACAGGAAGGGAUAGUGGACUUGUAUCAAAAACAGGAGGCCAUUUAUGAUGAAUUUACUAAAUCAGUGGGAAGUGUAACACAUGGUGUUAAAUUCCCCCAGCAAUGUUUCAUUACUGAUGUGUCUGUGUCUUACUGAUGAGGUAAUGGGCACCUUGACAGCUGAUUCCAACGUGCUUUAGGAUAUUCUCAAGUACUGUAGUGCCAUAGUUGUAAUUGUUUACCAUUAAAAUCUUGUGUGUAAUUUUCAGUGAGGAUUACUGACUGUGCUCAUCUUGUGUGUUUCUGGAGCAUUUCCAGGAUGAAUGUGAAUUAUAUCUCAUCACAUAGUGUGUUUAUGGAAAAUGUGCCAUUAAAGUGUCUCCUUUCCUUAGAAAAUGAAACUCCUUGUCCUUCUACAGGCUU